ACUAACACCGCCACCACCACCACCACCACUGACACACCACCCUCACUUUCUCUUAUCGGACCAGCAGCACUUCAGAGCAACGCCUGCUCUUAACUGUAGCUCUUUCACCUCUCUUGCUCACCUGGAGGCACGAAGAUCACCCACACAGAACUUACAGCCAGUAAAGCUGCAGGAAUUUUGGUCAUGGAGACGACUGUAGAGUCUCGCUGGACGUCCUCGUCACUGAUGCCAAGCGAGGUUCUGCCCACUUACCCGUCUGACUCCAGUUUUGUGACUCACCCCGAGGACGACUCGACUUUCUCCAGCAUAGAGGCUGAAUGCAGCGGCCUGCCUUCCCUCUUCUCCAACGCCGUCCAGAGCCGGGGCACCCCGACAUACCGACACAGCCCAGUGAGACAGGUUUAUUCCUCUCCUUUCCUAAGUGGCCUGCCGUGGCUGGAGGGCUCCAGUGCUCACUCUCUCUCUAGCCCAUACCCAUCACCCCCUUCCUCCUGGCACGGUGGUACGUUCAGCAGGACCCCGGUGCUCCCCCACAGCUCCACCACCUCCUCUCCUUUCCAUCCAUCCAUCCCUCUGUCCUCCAUCAGAGCCCCUCGCUCUGAGCUCCACCCUCCUGGACUGGACUGCAAGGACAGUGUGAAAGGCGAGAGGGUCAGUCCUGCAGCGGGCGCUGAGGGUAUGGGGGGAGUUUACACCAUCAACCACAUCGCUGGUGGUGGUGUAUAUCCACACGAUCACGGGCCGCCACAGGCGCACACACACACUCACACACACUCGCUAGGACACUACAGCUCCUACAGCAGCCCCGCUCAGGAAUUCAGCAGCGUUGGCCUCUACUCGCCUUCUUCAUUCUCCCCGAAACUACGAGGCAAGAUGACUCUCUCUCCCACAGAAACGCGGGAGUGUGUGAACUGUGGUGCCACUGCCACCCCCCUGUGGAGGCGUGAUGGUACGGGCCACUACCUCUGCAAUGCCUGCGGACUGUACCACAAGAUGAACGGACAAAACAGACCUCUGAUCCGGCCUAGGAAGAGACUGGUUGUGAGUAAGAGAGCAGGGACUCAGUGUGCCAACUGCCAGACGAGCACCACCACGCUGUGGAGACGCAACGCCAGCGGGGAACCCGUCUGCAAUGCCUGUGGCCUUUACUUUAAAUUACACAAUGUGAACAGACCCCUCACUAUGAAGAAGGACGGAAUUCAGACACGCAACCGGAAAGUGUCGAGUAAGAGCAAGAAGGGGAGGAGGAACGCCGCUAUGGAUCCACUCGAUUCCUUCUCUGAGUCUUUGAAGGUCCCUGGAUUGGAGCAGCCCAUCGACACCUUUUCACUGGGACCCUACAGCCACGCCGUCCACCCAGUGGGCACCUCUUCUACGCUCCACACCCCGUCACACCUUUCCUACCCGUACCACCCUGCUGCUGCCGCCAUCUUUUCCGGCAUGGUGUGACAGAAUGGACGCUGAUGAUGUACACGCUUUAAAAAAACAACAACCAAAAAACCAUGUAUCAUGUUUCGUAUUCAUAAAAGCGUGGAUAAAUAUGAGACGAUAAUGAGUGUUCUGCAUUAUUAAUAUUUGUACUUGAUGUAAAGUCUUUACUUUCCUAUACAUUCAGUUUCCUGGCUAACCCUUGUGGUGGUGUGAAUAAAUUGUACAAACGAA